UCUAUCCCCAUGAUUAAUAUUCUGUUUUUUGACACUAAAAUUGAGUAUUAAGAGUUAUCAACUCAAAUUCUAUUAGUAUUAAUAAUCAGUGUUACACUAGGUCAUAAAAUACAUGUGUAAUAAACGUAAUAAGCUUGGAUGUUAAUAUUGUUGAACAUUUACACAACUCUGUCCUAUUUAUUCUCUAUGUAAUCAGAUAUCAUGAAGUUUUUCAACUGACAUUUUAUUACUGAUGAGAAACAAAUUAGGAAGAAGAUGAGUAAUGGGAAGAAAAGAUGAACAUGAUUAAUAGGUGUUUGUUUCAUAAAGACUCUAGGGAGACUUUUAAAUCCUUCACUGCUACUAUAUUCUCACCGAGUGAACAGCCACUGCACGUGCCUUUUAAAGCUUUCAAAGGAGGGCUGAGUAGAGUUACUCAAUUUGUUACUGAUGCUGUUACUCCAUUUGCAUCCUGUUGUGAAAUGAGGUACUCUUUUAUGUAUUGGUGCCAAGAUAAAUGGCGACUAUAUCCAUCAAAAAUUCUUAAAACAGACAUCUAAGUUAGAAAAAUAAAAGAAUAUUUCACUUUGGGUCUAAUGUAGCAAAUAAUCGCUCCUGAAGACUAAAACAUCUUUGUUGUUCCGCAUCCCUUCCCUCCACCCUUCAAGAACUUGUAUUUUUUAACUUUUCAAGUUCUCUUGAUUAAAAAUGCCUAACUACUUUGCUUCACGGGUUUUUUAAAGAAUGAUUCUUGUUCUCUAAACCAACUUCGUAGAAAUAGAGAGGAAGUUAAACUUUAUACAGUAUUCGAAUCUUUAAAGGUAUGAGCAUCCUAAACAGUAAUUCACUUCUAAUAAAGAUCUUGCCAUUCCUAACUGUACUUUACUAAGGUAGCUGUUUAAUAAAAACAUAUUUAUGCAGAUUCUAUACAGCAACUAAAACUGGACCCACAGAUGUAGUGAGUAGAGUAGCACAAAAUGUGUAUGGCAGUUGGCAUUUAUUUGCAGCGGCAUAUAAAAUUGUUAAUAAUCCUGUCAAAUCUGUUCAUAAUCCGAUUGCUGGAGUGCAGUGCACACAGGAACUCUAUGUAUGUGUGCAUGUGUACACACCCCCCAUGCACGAAGGACUCUACUGCCGUAUUCCAGAAAUGACAAAGAAAAAGUAAAAAUAAGCAAGAAUCACAUAAUUAGAUGUCUUACAGUCUCAUAAAAGGGCAGUGCUGCGAGGUUAAGCUGGUGAGCUAAAAAACAAACAAAACAAACAAAAACCCACAAAAACAAACAAAAUCCAGUUGCCUGAGAUCGGAGCUCCCCGCAGGAUUCGCGCAGAGCGAGGAGCGGGGAGGGCGCAGUUUGCGGGAGGCGGGGGCCGGGAUCCCGACACCGUCCGCCGUCUCCCCGGGAUCUCUCAGGGAACCGAGCUGGUGACCGUCCGAGGUAAGCGCUGAGCCAAGGAGAAAGCGCCCGGCGCGUCCACAAAGCGCCCGAGGCCGCCCUUCUCGCCAAGGCUCGGCAGAUCCCGCGGCCUGCGCUGGACAAGGAAAGGCUGGACCGAAACGGUGGGAGGCGGCAGGCGGCUGCUGGGGGCGCGGGACCCGCGCGCGGACGCGGAGGCGGGCGGGGACGCCCGCAGCCCGCGCCGCCGCCAGCCGCCCCGAGCCGCGUGCGCGCGCGGCCGCAUCAGCUGAGCGCGCGGCGCGUGUCACGUGGUGUGCGUGUCGAAGGUCACGGCGCGCUCACAAUGGAGCUCUCCGAGUCUGUGCAGAAAGGCUUCCAGAUGCUGGCGGAUCCCGGCUCCUUCGACUCCAACGCCUUCACGCUUCUCCUCCGGGCGGCUUUCCAGAGCCUGCUGGACGCCCAGGCGGACGAGGCCGUGUUAGAUCAUCCAGACUUGAAACAUAUCGACCCAGUGGUUUUAAAACAUUGUCAUGCAGCAGCUGCAACUUACAUACUAGAGGCAGGAAAGCACCGAGCUGACAAGUCAACUCUAAGCACUUAUCUAGAAGACUGUAAAUUUGACAGAGAGCGAAUAGAACUGUUUUGCACGGAAUAUCAGAAUAAUAAGAAUUCCCUAGAAAUCCUACUGGGAAGCAUAGGUAGAUCUCUCCCUCAUAUAACGGAUGUUUCUUGGCGCUUGGAAUAUCAGAUAAAGACCAAUCAACUUCAUAAGAUGCACAGACCUGCAUAUUUGGUGACCUUAAGUAUACAGAACACUGAUUCCCCAUCCUACCCAGAGAUUAGUUUUAGUUGCAGCAUGGAACAAUUACAGGACUUGGUGGGGAAACUUAAAGAUGCUUCGAAAAGCCUGGAAAGAGCAACUCAGUUGUAACUUGGGGAAGUUAACGAUCCGCCCGAGUGCAGAGGAAAACCAGAAACGCCUUGCCUUGAGCUGAACCACCGUUUGUGCGAGCUGGAUGUUCUUUUCAGUAGAAAAGAAUUUUCCUUUUGAAUUUGUACCAUUCAUCAAUUUUGACACUUUAAAAAACACGUGUGAAAAGGGUUAAGAGGGAAAGAUACUGCCCAAGUACUGAAUCGUUUAGUACUAACUGUCCAUUUAUUCUAUUUUGAUCUUUUUCAAGUCUUCUGAAAGGAAGUAGACAGUAUUACACCCUGAAUAAAUAAGGUGGUGUUUUCCACAGAGUGAUGAUA